GCAGAUUCCCUUCACAACAAACACCACCACAGAAGCAGAGAGCACAUCCUCUUCUAAGAUCAACAAAGAGGAAAACAAAUCACUACAUGCAUACAAACUAAAACCAUAAAUGGUGAAGCACAGCGUCGAGAAGCCAGUUGCAGAGAGAAGCGACUCAAAAUUCAAGGGUGUUAGGAAAAGAAAAUGGGGUAAGUGGGUGUCAGAAAUCAGGCUACCGAAUAGCCGGGAAAGAAUUUGGUUAGGGUCGUAUGAUUCUGCAGAAAAGGCCGCACGAGCCUUCGAUGCCGCCCUUUUUUGCUUACGCGGUCGAGUUGCGAAAUUUAAUUUUCCGGAGAACCCUCCAAACAUAGCGGGUGGCAAGUCACUUUCUCCAGCUGAGAUUCAAGAAGCUGCAGCUAGGUUUGCCAAUUCGGAGCCUCAGAGAAGCCAACCGGACCGGUUUGAAACAGAUCAAUCCGUAUCUGUAUCCGAAUCUCGAGCAGAAUCUCCCUGUCCUUCGGUUGUAUCUGAUGGGACUGUCCAGAUGGAAGGUGGUGAAUUGAUGUGGGAUGGGCCGUUUUUGGAUAUGUUAAUGAAUACGGGUUCGUGUAAUCACUCCACGGAAUAUGGGAUAUUUCAGGGUUUUGAUGAUCUUUACAAUGAUUUUUUCCCACCAUCAUUAAUUCCUAAUCUUGAUUAUGGAGAGGAGACCAAUCUUGAUGGUGUCUUAGAACAAGAUUCGUUUCUUUGGAAUUUCUAAAGAAACUUAUUUUUUGGUCGGUAAUUCUGGAUUGUUUUAGUUCCUAGAAUCACUGACAAAAUUCUUUUUUCCCAGGUAAGGUUUACUUGAGGGACCAUCUUUAAAAGGCAUUCUUUUUUCCCUUUAGACUUAAACAUCACAACCACGGUGUUAAGUUUGUAGAUUUUGUAUGUUAUUGUCUUGAAAUUUAAUAUCAAUAAAAGAACUUUUUCUUGUUAAA